AUGGCGGAAAGUUGUGAUAUAAAUGCGGGAAGUGAUGAGGUCCCAGAACGAGUGGAACAUGAUAAGGUCCCAGAACGAGUGGAACAUGUUGAGGUACCAGGAAGAGUGGAAAAAAUUUUGUGCAAACCAUGUUUAAAUGACAAAAAACGAACGAUAGCAGAAAAGUUUUGUUCGGCUUGUGAUGAAUUUCAGUGUUUGGAUUGUUCUAACGUUCAUUACACACACAAUUUCUUUAAAAAUCACAAGUUAGUGAACGCGAACGAGGCGAAAAUAAAACAAAGCUCGUUUGAUAUGAAAGGGUUAGACCAAUGUGAUCAACAUCAGGAAGUUCUAAAAUUCUUCUGCGAAGAUGACAAUCAGCUCUGCUGCAGCACCUGUGCUAUUCUUUACCAUCGCAAAUGCCAGAGCAUUUUGGAAAUUCAAAAGGUCGCUAAAAGAGUAUUCUUGAAAUCCUCACAGUUAAAGAAUAAAUUUGAGAACGUGAGACAGAAAACUGAAAUAAUAGGAAACAUAAUUGACUCCUCAAAAGAGAAACUAGGCAAAGAUGUAAAACAAAUACCAGACAAAAUCAGGCAAAUGCGGGAUAAAGAGAUGAAAAUGUUUGACGAGCUGAAGAUUUCCGUUGUUAAAGACGUUGAAUCGUUUAAGAAAGAGACAUUAGAAAAUCUGACAAUAAAGCAGUCACGGACUGAGAAAUAUCUAGCUGAUAUAAGGACGUGUCUGGAGACGAUUGACAACGUGUAUCAAAAUGGAACUGUGGUACAACGAUUCAUAGCUGAGCAGAAGAUGAAGAAUGACGUCAAUGUUCUUCACAAAAAAUGUCAAUGUAGAAUGUCAAGUUUAGAAACCGUGACUGCUACCUUUUGA